CAAACAAUCGAUGCCACGCAAGAUUCUGUGGACCCUUCUUAUCUACCAUCAGGAAUAUCUGAAAAGGCACAUGAUGAUACCGGAAUCCAGCCCACCACAACACAUGAUCAAGUACAAAUGGUAGACAUUCAUGAAACAAAGAUUGGUCAACAGGAACAUGAUUACAAUACAUGUGAAACAACAGACGUGCAUAGUGGUUAUGAAGCUGUACAAUAUGAUAGUGCGCAACAAGUGGAUGAUUCUCAACAACAACAACACCAACAACAACAAGAACAGUACAACUUAGGCUAUGUGUCUUAUGGUCAACAAGGUCAACCUCAACAACAAGGCUAUGAUUCAUAUAGUCAAUCUGAACGACAACAACCAGCGGAUUAUAUGUAUGGAUAUGACCCUCAACAACCACAUUAUGAGCAAAACAAUGAAUACAUCGGCACGAACCAAGUGAAUGAAAAUACAACGGCAACACAAGAUGUAUCGCAACCUAUCGCGGACACUACAUCUAACGAAGCAGUGCAUGAUUAUUCAACAACUGUGGGUGGCCAGUCUGAAGUGGCAACGCAAGAAACACAACAUCUUGCAACACUACCUACAACUCAAGAUCACUCAAUGUCAUCUUACACUACACAAACUAACACUGAUGUUUAUACGUCUACUUUUGAAGCCCAAGGUGUUACUCAAGAUUAUACACAUACUUAUGAAACUCAAGGUACCAUUCAAGAUUACACACACUAUGAAUCCCAAGAUACCACCAAUCAAGAUUACACUCCCACCUAUGAAGGCGAAGACUAUACAUCCAAACAACAAAACGAUCAAGAUCAAGUCUCUGGAACCAUAUCUUCCUAUGAUCCACAUUCAUCCACUUUUGAUGCCACCAAUGUUACUGAACCUGUGAAUGUGUCAUCAUACACUCCUUCGUCCCAUAUGACAGCAAAUGAUGACGAUCAUACUGAAGAAAAUAUCACUGCAACAACAACAUUGAACGAAGAAGAUGAUGAUGGAUUAGGUUUGGGUAACUAUUCGACCAAGAAAGCCAAGCCGGUAGAGGAAAGUAGCAAGGAGGAACACGGUAGUCAAACUGAACGUACAGCUGAUUCAUCAAAAGCGAGCAAGACGACGGAUGAUGAUGAUGACGGAGAAGAAGAUGAUAAGCAAGGUAAAUUGAAUGGAUGAAUGAAUGGCGAUUUAUACAUAAAACUGACACUUCAUUUUUUUUUUGUAUUACCUUUACAUAGAUCGCAAAGGUUGGGGAUUAUUC